UCUAUUGUAAGCUAGAUAGCUAGCGUAAUUUACCAGCUAGGUAUGCACAGAACCACUAUGCGACAUGGCCGUUUUGAAGUAGAAGGUUAGCCAGCUACUUAGCUAAUGUCGUAUGGACACCUAUAAACUAUCCCAGUGGAUGAAUCCACAACGUUUAGAUACAAAUUAAGUACAUGUGAUUUGGCACGCAAACGAACCCACUGCCAAGAAGUUAUUUCGAUAGCUUGCUACGUGGACGUAGUGGGGGGGUCUGCUAGCUAACUAGGCUAGCCUGCCAGCUAACGUUAAACUGUCAAAAGCCAAAAGGGUCCAACAAGACCAAGAAUUGGAAAAGAGACUACACGCAGUUCAAUUUGAAGAUACAUCAUAUUUACUACUUUUAUUUAGUUAGGCUGAGGAACUCCAGAAAAACAAUUGUCAAAGUUGAAGAUUUGCUUGUUGCAUUCCUCGACUAAAUAAAGUAUUUACCCUGCAAUGUUAGCUGGCCAUGUACUUUAGAAAGAACCUUAACAUAUUAUACAUAAAUGGCUAUGUAUGUGUAGACUAGGCUUACUAAACAAGCCAUUCGCUACAUUGUCUAUCAUUAGUCUGGGUAUUAGGGAUUAUAUUCUAAACUAUUUGUAUCGCUCCAAAAGGUAAUAUUGUGGUAUGGUUUAUUUGUUUGACGUUAGCAUGAAGCCCUCACUGUUAUAAGAGCAGAAUUAUGUAAAGCAAGGUGAAUGUCUUGGGGAAGACAUGUAGCUCGCUGAGUAACCUCAUUGGUAUUCUCCCUUGGGCGUUGGUGUUGUGCUUUGUAGCGACAGUGGUUGGUUUUGAUUUAACACCUACAGGUGUGUCGUGUGACUCGUCCUGUGGUAUACACAUUCCCUCUUGUCAUUCCCAGUGAUCUCAUGGCAAGGAGAGAGUUAAUUUGACUCGUUCAUCUAAUGUACUAUAGCUAGGCUUAUAGUCUAACAAAACCUCCAACAAAAUCCUAGAACUGAAAUAAAUAAUAUAAAGUUUAACCCAUUAUUGUGUUCUCAAUAACUCAUCAUUGCAGUCUCUUAAGUCCUUUAGUUUAAAAUCCAGGCAGUAUUAAGGGCGCUAAACUAAGGGAACUGACAUGACAGCUGUAGUAGGGAGAGUUUGGGGGUGGGUGCAUCCAGCUAUCUCCUACUGGUCCUGGGGCAGCAAAGCAGGAUCUGACAAAACCAUGAGGGACAAACCAGUGACGGACGAGGGGCAGACGAGAGGCAGCUGGGGCUUGGGAGGGUUAACAACCUGGGUUUGGGGAGCGGGACAGAAAAGACAAACAAGUGACCAAACUACAUUGAUUGACGAGUACUGGGAAGCAAGUGAGGAGGAAAUCCAGUCCAUGGAAAUUGAAGAUCUGGGCGCGGCCAAGCAGGAGGCUGAGGGGAAAGCAGAACACGGUGGCUCCAGAUGGUGGAAUAAGGUUCUGCCGUCCUCAGACUUCUGGCCGAGAGCAGCUGAACCUGGUGGGCUAAGUCAGAGGAAAUGUGUCGGGGGAGGAUGGGACUCUGACAACGAUGGGGAGUAUUCUGACUAUGGAACCCCUCCACCAUCUCCCACACCAAGUUCCUCAUCAGCCUUCCGGUUCUUUGCACUCGCCUGGAAUGGGGAGAUAGUUCCAGAACACUAUGAGAUCUGCUUCAACCUCCUUCGCCACCUGUUUGACCUGUUCGUGGUGGGCUUCCUGUGGACUGUGUCCCCCCCUACCAAGUUGGUCCUUGAGGUUCUAGGGGUCCAAGGAGGACUGAAGUUGUGGCUCCACGGAAUGGCCAUGUUUUCCGUCUCCACUGUUGGAAUGGCAGGACUGCUCUGGUUGGUCCAGGAGUAUCUUCUACAGUUUGCUCUGGUGUACGGCAUCGUGCAAGCGCUGGUCAUCUCUGUCAGCACCCAGCAGAGUGUGAUCCUAGGAGAGGGGGAUCAGGUGGAGGAUGAAAAGGAGGUGGAGGAUGAGGAAGUGAGAGACGAUGGGGAAGUUACAGAGAUGUACCUGACUACAAAGGAAUACAUCAAAGGAAAGUUGAUCCUUGAAUGAAAGUUUGUUUUGGCAAUCAUCUGACAUGGAGGAAAGUUGGAGGGAAGAGGGAUGUUUCGACAAGCCUGACAUGCAGGGAUUGAGGGAAGUUGUUUCAAGAGCCUACCAAUGCAAAGAAAAAGUCACAGGAAGAGAGCUGAGCCCAGCUGACACUGCAAUGAGGAGAGGUAGAGGCUGGAGGACUUCAAGCUUCACCUCACUGGAGUGAACAGUGGAGCUGAAGCAAAACACGGCCACUACUAUCAUGGUCGUCUAGGCCAAGUGAUAACACUGUUGUCAUCACGUCCACUCCUAUCACGGUCAUCUAGGCCAAGUGAUGACACUGUUGUCAUCACGUCCACUACUAUCACGGUCAUCUAGGCCAAGUGAUAACACUGUUGUCAUCACGUCCACUCCUAUCACGGUCAUCUAGGCCAAGUGAUAACACUGUUGUCAUCACGUCCACUACUAUCACGGUCAUCUAGGCCAAGUGAUAACACGGUUGUCAUCACGUCCACUACUAUCACGGUCAUCUAGGCCAAGUGAUAACACGGUUGUCAUCACGUCCACUACUAUCACGGUCAUCUAGGCCAAGUGAUAACACGGUUGUCAUCACGUCCACUACUAUCACGGUCAUCUAGGCCAAGUGAUAACACUGUUGUCAUCACGUCCACUACUAUCACGGUCAUCUAGGCCAAGUGAUAACACGGUUGUCAUCACGUCCACUACUAUCACGGUCAUCUAGGCCAAGUGAUAACACUGUUGUCAUCACGUCCACUACUAUCACGGUCAUCUAGGCCAAGUGAUAACACUGUUGUCAUCUUAGCACAGUUCUAUUGUUCUGUCUUAUUGUUACAGAAUCCUGUUUCCCUCCAGUUAGACUCUUCUUUCUUUCAUACUCAAUUUGUUUUGUUGAGAUGAACUUUUGAAUAUGUACUUGACAGAUACCGGCACCUUUUUUUCCCCCAGGUUUCUUUCAAAGUUUAUUACAAGCAGAUUUCGUUGCUGUUCAUUUUGGGACAUAAGGUUUAUUUGCUAGUAUUUUUAUUUCCUGUGCCAUAAUACUGCAUGUGGAGUAGUGUGCCUCAGUAUAUUAUCCCUGGCUUUCUCCAUGAUAAUCAUUAUUGGUAAUUGCAUUGUAAGUACACUACAAAGUUGAACAUAUAUUUAUCGGUCUUGUCACUCUUAUGGUUCCUGUUUGAAAGGUAGCCUACAGCCUUACAGAUCAGAUUAGAAACACAAUGUAUAUCUUAAAUGUAUAUCUUAAAUGUAUAUCUUACAAUUGUCCAGUAGCAAGUUUUGCACAAUCCCAUACAAACCAAGUGACGCUCAGAACACUAAAUUCUACAUGCAAGAUUUUGUUCUCUCAGCAUAUGUCACAAUCUACAGUAUGCAUGUAUAAGAACAGGGUUCUCACCAGUGGAGGCUGGUGGGAGGAGCUAUAGGAGGACAGGGUCAUUGUAAUGGCUGGAAUGGAAUAAAUGGA